UAUCUCAAUUUCUGAAGAAGUUCCUGAAAAGUCGACAAAGUACCCUGAUGAAUCGGUAUACCUGUUUAGGAACCAACAAAAGUUGAAAGCUCUUAGUAUCUCUGAGUUGAAGAAGGAUUUGACAAGCUGGUAUACNCCGGCAAAGCCAGAAAGCUUUCAGUAUCUAAAAGCUUACAGUAUCUCAAUUUCUGAAGAAGUUCCUGAAAAGUCGACAAAGUACCCUGAUGAAUCGGUAUACCUGUUUAGGAACCAGCAAAAGUUGAAAGCUCUUAGUAUCUCUGAGUUGAAGAAGGAUUUGACAAGCUGGUAUAUUGGAUGGAUGGACCAGUAUACUUGA